UAAUGCGUAUCCCUACGAAGGCGUGUAGUUAAAUGAAAUCCCCCUCAUCGUCCCAUUAAGAUUGUGAGGAGAGAGAGGGGUCUCUCUGGUGGAAGAACGAAAAACCACACCAAACGGCUAUAAUUGACGUUACGAGAGAGCGAGAGAGAGACUCAAAGAUCGUGGCUUUAGUGGGUUUUUACCCCUUUGCUCUCAACCCCUUGAUCUACUUUCGAUAUUUUCUCAGUGCUAAAAAACAGUGUCACUCAUAACAUAAACCCAACAAACCAAAAAACAGAACACUUUGUUUUGCUUUUGAGGGGUUUUCUCCGAAACCAUGUCUGAGGGCUAUUAUAAUUCUAAGAAGACUGAUGAUAUCUGCGAUGAUGUUUGUGGACAGAAUGGAACUCCUGCAGCACUGAGCAUGUCAAGACUCAAGUGUAUUCUAAAGGGAUUGGACUUCAAAACCUAUAUAUUUCUGUUUGUGAUUGUUCCUGUUGGCAUCUUCGGUCUCUAUUUGCACGGGCAGAAAAUCUCCUACUUUCUAAGACCACUGUGGGAAUCUCCUCCAAAGCCUUUCCAUGAAAUCCCUCACUAUUAUCACGAGAACGUGUCAAUGGAGUCUCUCUGCAAGCUUCAUGGCUGGGGGAUUCGUGAGUCACCGAGACGAGUUUUUGACGCUGUUUUGUUCAGCAAUGAAGUCGACAUCCUCACUAUCCGUUGGAAAGAAAUGCAGCCUUACGUGACGCAGUAUGUACUCCUUGAAUCAAACUCAACAUUUACCGGAUUUGUCAAACCAUUGCUAUUUUCGGGCAAUAGGGACAAGUUCAAGUUUCUUGAGUCGCGCCUAACAUAUGGGGUGAUUGGAGGGAGAUUCAAGAAAAAAGAAAAUCCUUUUAUUGAGGAGGCUUAUCAAAGAGUUGCCCUGGAUCAGCUUCUGAGGAUAGCAGGCAUAGAAGACGACGAUCUCUUGAUAAUGUCCGAUGUUGAUGAGAUUCCAAGCGCGCACACAAUUAACCUCUUGAGGUGGUGUGAUGGGAUCCCUCCAGUUCUUCAUCUUCAACUAAAGAACUAUUUAUACUCUUUCGAGUUCUUUUUGGACAACAAAAGUUGGAGGGCGUCAAUCCAUAGAUACCAGACCGGCAAGACUUGGUAUGCACACUAUCGACAGGCUGAUGUGCUGCUGGCCGAUGCUGGCUGGCAUUGUAGCUUCUGUUUUCGUCAUAUCAACGAAUUCAUAUUUAAGAUGAAAGCUUACAGCCAUUACGAUCGCGUGCGGUUCCCUCACUACUUGAACCCUGACAGGAUUCAGGAUGUUAUAUGCAAGGGGGCUGACUUAUUCGACAUGCUUCCAGAAGAGUAUACAUUCAAGGAGAUCAUUGGGAAAUUGGGACCUAUUCCUCAUUCUUACUCAGCAGUGCAUCUUCCAGCAUAUUUAUUGAAUAAUGCAGAGAGAUUCAGGUUUUUGUUACCGGGUAACUGCAGAAGAGAAAGGGGCUGACUUUGAAUAUAUGUGCUUACUUUAAUGUUGGAAAUUUAAAUUGUAUUUAUUACACCAAAAAGGAGCUCUAUUGAAUGAUUUAUAGCCAUCAAUGUUGGGGUCAUUCUUUAGAGGUGGUGGUAAUCAGAGAAACUUGACGGGAUUUUGAAAUUUGACAGAAAUCAUUGUAUAUCCAAUUUCAAAUACUAGGGUUUUAAGCCUUAUUGGUGGUGGGGGGGGGGGGGCAUUUGAGAUUCUCAAGUGACAGGAGUGUGUGAGGGAAAUAGUUUUUUUUAUGGAAUGCCUUUGGGCAAGCUUUUGUACCUUCUCUUUGGGUAUAAAACCCCAACUUGCCUAAUAGUAGCAUGACAUUUCCCAAGCUUUUCUACUGGGAAUUUGUGUUUCUUGGACUAAGUUAUACUUAUAGCCUAUAUUGGCUAACCACUUUGGUUGUUUAUCUUUAAUUUAACUGCUCGAUUGUGAA